CGCGCGGCGCCCCCUGGCGGAGAGCGGAGCCGAUGGCGGCGCGGCUGCUGCGGGCGCUGCGUCCCAGUGCCAUCCCAGUGCCCGUGUCGCGCUCGGUGAUCUCGGUGACACCGGAGUCACCAAUGUCCCCCCCCCGGGAGCUGCAGACGCUGCGGCUGCAGCGGGAGCGGCCGCACGUGCUGCACCUGCAGCUGCACCGGCCCGGCAAGCGCAACGCCAUCGACCUGCGCUGCUGGAGGGAGCUGGUGCAGUGCUUCCAGGACAUCUCCGAGGAUCCCUCGUGCCGCGCCGUCGUCAUCUCCGGGGCCGGCAGCGCCUUCACCGCCGGUGGGACGGGGUCGGGGGUCCGGGGGAGGAGAGCUUCUCGGUCCCGGCCUGACCCCAUAAACCCAGCCUGGGCGCUGCGCCGGCGCAUCCUGGAGUUCCAGGAGAGCUUCUCGGUCAUGGAGAGGUGCCCCAAACCCGUGAUCGCCGCCGUGCACGGGCCCUGCAUCGGAGCCGGAUGGGAUGAUGAUGAUGAUGAUGAUGACGAUGAUGAUGACGAUGACAAUGAGGAUGACAAUGACGAUGAGGAUGAGGAUGGUGACGAAGGCUGCCCCCCCCAGGCGUGGCGCUGUCCCCGUGUCCCCAAUGAUGUCCCCGUGUCCCCAAUGAUGUCCCCAGUGGCAUCCCCAAUGAUGUCCCCAACGCUGUUCCGCCUGGUGAACGAGCUGGCUUUCACCGCCCGCGUCAUGAGAGCCCCGGAGGCGCUGAGCUGCGGCCUCGUCAGACCGAGGACAUCCCCAAUGUCCCAGUGUCCCCAAUGUCCCUGUCACUGUCCCCAAUGUCCCCAGGCCACGUGGAACAUGGCCAUGCUGCAGACCGAGGACAUCCCCAAGUCGGUGCAGGCGGCCCUGGAGAAGAAGGGCCCCGAGGACGUGCCCUUCGCCAAGCUCUGAUGUCACCUGAGUGCCACCUGAGUGUCACCAGUGUCACCUCAGUGCCACCAAGGUCACCUAAGUGCCACCCACAUCCCCUUUUCCCAAGCUCUGAUGUCACCUGAGUGCCACCAGGGUCACCUGAGUGUCCCCAGCGUGCCCUUCGCCAAGCUCUGAUGUCACCUGAGUGCCACCUCAGUGCCACCUGAGUGUCACCUGAGUGUCCCCA